AUGGAGCCAAUCGUGAAAGCAACCAUCCAAGCAGCCAUUCUGAGUGCCGUCUCAAAUACCCUCGCCCAGCUCAUCUCUUGUCACCGUGCAGGCUCCUGGUUGGAAUCCACCUUCCCCGGCUACACCUCACCCGAUGAUGCUGGUACCGUCGCGAGCAUCGCUCAACAGCCUCAAGUCAAAGCCGCCCUCGACGCCGCCGCUCCCACUCUGCAGCGCAUUGAAGAGACGGCAAGCCCGGGUUUACAGAAGGCUUCGGCAGCCACCACUGCUCUAGCAGACAGUGACGCUGUCAAGAACGCCAGACGCCGCGCUAGCGAGGGCGUCGAUACAGUCAAGGCAAAGGCANAGGAGCUCGAGGCUCGCGCCGGCAUCAACCAGUCUCAUAUGGCCAAGCCUCCCACUCGCUCCCAGACCUUCAGCACUCCCGAUGGCCAAGCUGUCGAGAAGAAGAUUGACACAACCUUUGCCCAGCCUCCUGUUUCCUCCAGCCCAAAGGCUCUGAGCAUCAAGAACACUGCCAUUAAAUUCGCUCUCGAUCAAACUCUUGGUGCGGCUGUCAACAACGCUUUGUUCAUUGUCGGCAUCGCUUUCCUGAAGGGACAGUCUCUUGAGACCGCUCUGUCCGCACUGCAGAAGGUAUAUUCUGUUCUUUCACCUAUUCCAACAUGUCCCACUGACAAUCAUGCAGNNGACUUCUUCCCCCUUCUGUUCGCCGGCCAGAAGCUCUGGCCCCUCGUCUCUAUCACCAGCUUUACGCUUGUUCCUCUCGAGCACCGUACAGUCUUUGGUGGUAUCAUCGGUGUUGGUUGGGGUGUCUUCUUAAGUCUGAUGGCUAAUGACAAGUAA